AUGCUUAGACACGACUCUCCCAACAAAGAAAAAGUCAUUUCAAUAUGGAGAUUUGAAGACAUGGAGCAGCUACUGAAGCAGUCAUACCAGUCUGUCAAAAUGAAGGUGGAAAAUCAUUUGGAACAACGAGUGGUGGAGACGAAGGUGGAGGAGAGUGAGGGACAGACGGAGCUCAAGUCGUGUGAGGGAGGGGUGGUGGCCAACAGCAAGGCGGUGACAGCUGCUAUCUCCCCCGCACCCACACUCCACCCCACCAUCUCCCCCACGCCCACCCUCCACUCCUCCAACCCCUUCACAGUACCCAAGGGCGAGAAGGUGAGCCUAAUGAGUGACUGCGCCGUGUCGCUGCCUUCAGCAAAGCCCAAGAUCUGGUCCCUGGCUGACACAGCAGCAUGCAAGACUCCGCCGCCCACGGGAGGUGUGGGCGGCGCGCCCGGCAGCGGGUGGCUUGCGGGCGGCACCACCUUCCCUCUUCCGCCUACAAUCCCGCCCGCCCAACAGCAGUACCCGCACAGCGCCCGCUUCACACACCUCAUGGCUGGAGUCAACACAGCCCAGUAUAUGGCUGGAUACAGUGACGGAGUAGGCACCGACACCCCACCCCAGACGCCCCCCAACGUGAAGCAGGGUCAGCAAGGUCAAGGAGCAGGUCUGCUAGGAGGGUCAGCUGGCUUCCUUGGGGGUUCCUCCAGCUCUGGUAGCUACGGCGGCAGCAUGAGCAGCGGCGGACUGUCCUCCUGUUCGCGCGGUUCCACGGCUCCGCUUCCGGCUCCGGGCGUGGGCGGCGCAUCGGUCGGCGACUCCUCCAUCCACCAGAGGUACCAGGGCGGGGGCUCCCACGGCGCCACCCACACCAACACCGCCACCUCCAUCCCCAACACCGCCUUCACGCCCGUCUAUAAGAACGCGCAGCAGGGCGGGCAGCAGGUACCCCAGCAGACGUCACAAAUGGCGACCCAACAGCAGAUGCCGUGCCAGCAAACGCCGCAGCAGCAGCAGCAGCAGCAGCAGCAGCAGCAGGCUGUUGAUCCCAGUGUUUGGGGCGGCACGAUGGGCAGCACACUCCUGCUGGUAGAAGACACGCAAGACUAUCUCCAGCAGCAGUAGAAGGAGGGGUGGGGAGCAGCAGGAGGCAGGAGCGGGGGAUCCAUCAUUGCGAACCGUCUCGUUUGUGAGUCAAAUGAGACGUGUUGGUCAGCCGCGGGGCUCCCCGGGGGGCGCGGCCACGCCGCGGGCGGGGCAGGGGAAGAGGGGGUGGUGCCCCUCCCGCCCACGCCAACAGGCACCAAGGGCGACGCAGCUUCACACUAGCCUUCGUCCAGCAAGGAGGCUGACAGCUGCAGGAGCGUGCCCGGCUUGACCAGAGUCCCUCCCUGCUGCCCACUGCCUGCCUUCAUCACCGCGGGCCCCCGCCUCCUUGUGCUCCCCGCUGUCUCCCUCCAGCCCUCGUCUCAUCUUGUAAAAUACAAAAAAAAAAGAGAAAAAAGUCGCACAGCGGCACGGACCUUGUUACAGCUGCAUUCCUGGUCUUCGGAGAGGCAUCCAGCUGCAUAUAAUGCCUCACCCUUGGAGUCUCACACCCCCACAGUGCCCAAAAAGGUGUUUCUUCACUGUAAUGAGAGUGGUACAUGAGCCACGGGUCUUAAAGUUGCAGUGGUUAGUGAAGUGCAGUGGGCGUUCUGCUGUAGACUCGAGCACUAAACACAGUGAGCUGUUGUUAGUGCAGCUGUAGUGCCAGUGGAGCGAGGAUAGCACCCUAUGAUGGUAGGAGGCAGCUGGUGCCUUAGGGGUCCCAGCCGUUUCCAAAAUGACCCCUCACAGCCAGCUAGUACUACCAGUAUGUUGUUCUAAGGACAGCGUCUUAUAUAAAUAUAUAUUUUCGCCCCCCCAUGUCUUAGUCUUCAACAUAGUUG